AUGUAUUUUGAUGGCAGCAACACUGAUCAUUUAUCCGGAGCAGGUGUUGCAUUGGUUAGCCCCUCUGGAGCAAGACAUUGUUAUUCCUUUCAACUAGAAUGGAAGUGCACUAACAAUCAAGCAGAAUAUGAAGCAGUCAUCAUUGGACUGGAACUUUUGCUUGAUCUAGAAGUAACAGAGGUGGAAGUAUUAGACGUGGUGCUUGAUUAUAUUCCUAGGGAACAAAACAUUGCUGCCAAUGAAGGAGCACAUUUGGCUACUGGUAUCCGCUUAGCAGAUGGCAUUCGCGAGAGGAUUUUAAAGGUUCAAAGACGCACAUUACCUUCCUUUAUGGCAAGGAAAGAAGUUAAAGAUGAAUGGUUGGUGGCUGUUAUUGACUCUAUUGAUGUAGAUUGGCGACAACCAAUUAUCCAGUACCUUACUGAUCCUUCUGCACCUGUGGACAAGAGGGUUAGAUAUUUUGCUACUAACUAUGUUCUUCGAGGUGAUGAACUCUUGCGCAGAGCAGAAGACAGCUUGUACCUGAGAUGCAUCUAUGGAGCUGAGACUAAGAGGACUGCAUCAGCUUUGCACAGGGUUGAUCGAGUGUCAAAUGCAUGGACCAGUCCAGCAUAUGCCAGACGUUUCUCUGCAACCAAUAUUAAACCUUGGCCAGGUCGCGGCUGGGCUUUAGACUUCAUUGGGGAGAUUCAUCCAAAUUCUUCCUUACAGCACAAGCACAUUCUACUUGCUACAGAUUUCUUCACCAACUGGGUAGAGGCUAUACCAGUCAAGACAACAUCUUCAGAGGUGAUAACUGACUUUAUCUUCAAAUAUAUUAUCACCAGAUAUGGCAUCCCAGAGUGUUUGGUAGCAGACAGGGGGGCAAGUUUCAUGGCUGAAAAGACUCAGAAGUUCUUAGCUGAUUAUGGAAUCAAGUUUCUCCAUUCUAGUCCUUAUUAUGCUCAAUCGAAUGGCCAAGCAGAAGCUAGCAACUGGGUCAUUAUGUCUAUACUCAAACGAAUAUUGGAUGCAAAUCCUCGAUCUUGGCACACAGAGUUGGAUCACACGUUAUGGGCUUAUAGAACUUCCAAACAAACUCCAACUGGUACUACACCUUAUACCUUGAUGUAUGGACAUGAUGCAGUGCUUCCUAUUGAGAUUAAUGUUCAGUCACUGAGGGUUCGCGAGCAGCACCAGUUGAUUGGUGAAGACUAUGUCCAGGAUAUGUAUCAAGAACAUGAAAACUUGGAUUCUCGAUGGAUGGAAGCUUUAAACAGUCUUAUUACAUAA